CUUGGAAGUCGUGAUGGUGUUGGGUAUUCAUCCUGAUGAAAUCGUUUCCAUAAGCAUAGCGAAUGACUUCAUCCAUGCUGUCGCCCCUGUUUCAGGAAAAGAAGAACACGAUCAUAUUAAGCAAAGAUUGACGAAGACACCACUUUGGUUCAAACCUUUCGAGCGGUGUGCCGUAGACGUGGUCUGGAUUUACUACCGAUGGAAGUGGAGCAACGUUUGCCUGGUACAAAGCAAGGUUGUCAUGGUGGAACUAGCAAUUCGAGGUAAAGUUUACCAGUCUCUGCUUGACUUUGAGCUUGAUUGGGUGCUCUCUUCGGUACAUUCUCUGUUCGUCUGCCCGUGUGACUUUCCUGAGAGAAGGAAGUGGCGAAAAGAAGAAAAGUUUGAGUUUUGGAGUGUUGGAUCUUACAUUUUCGGAGCCUUCUUGUUCAUAGCUCGCAGAUCAGUGCCUUUGGCAGCGCUUGGGUCAGGGACGUUCUCUCGGAAGACCAUCACUGCGAGGAACCAAUACCCGAGAGAAUACUCGUUGAGCACUCCAUAGAUGAAGUUGUCGCUGGGAAGAUCCCUGGUGCAUCGUUUUCCCUGGAACGAGGAUUGACAUGAGCAAAGCCGAUGAAGAAACUUGACGCAAGAUAGAGGUACCGCUCCCAGCUUCGGUUUGAUGAGAAUCUCAUCCUUUGCAGAUGAGCUCCGGACAUUCCCCAUUCUGGGAUGAUCCGACUCGUCGUAAGUCAUGUUGCCUGGAUUCGACAUCGCGGAAGAAAGCUUGAAAGCGAUCCGCCAAAGCCGACUUCUUCGACCAAUCAGCUCGGCAGGCCUAUCAAAUUUUGAGAAUGCGAUAAUAUGCCAUUGCGCGGCAACCAAUUGGCGCCCACUCGUAGGCGCGUCAUCCGCACCGUCCACGUGUCCAGGUGUAUCGAAUUCAAAGUUUGAAUAAAAGAAUAUACCUAAAACUGACCUAUCUCUGUUCAAUGCUUGAUAUGCUAUUUUGAUUCUAACAAUGUGGGCUGGGAGAGAGGUGUAGGGUUCUUGGAUUCUUAUGAUCCAAGAAAUGGGGAAGAGGCGGCACCGUCUCUCGCUGGGCGGCGUGAUCUUCAGCGCCGGCGCCGUGGUUGCGCUCGUCGUUGUGCUGCUCGAGGUGUCGUCCGCCUCGAAGCCAAAGAAGGCGACUUCCACUCGCCAGGUGCCGAUCAAUUCGGGAUUUCGGAUCGUCCGUGAGUAUCCGCACGAUGCGAAGGCAUUCACUCAGGGGCUUUUGUACCAUGGAAACAAUACACUGUAUGAAUCCACUGGGCUGCAUGGAGAGUCGUCAGUACGUGAAGUUGAUCUUCAAACGGGAGAGGUUAGAAGGAUUUAUCGUCUGCAAAGCAGGGAUUUUGGAGAAGGAUUGGCACUUUGGGAAAACAAAUUUUUACAGGUUACUUGGCAAACUAACAAAGGAUAUAUCUACGAUGAGAAAACACUGAGUCUCCUAGGAACAUUCAAGCAUCCCAUGACGGAUGGCUGGGGAUUGACGCACGACAACAAGCAUAUCAUAGGAAGCGAUGGAAGCUCCACUUUGUACUUUCUAGACCCACACAGCUUUUCAGAGAUAAGAAGAAUCACAGUUAAGGACAAUGGAGAAGCUGUGGAGCUUUUGAACGAGCUGGAGUAUGUGAAAGGAGAGAUCUGGGCGAAUGUUUGGCAGAUGAAUUCUAUUGCUCGAAUCUCUCCCAAGGACGGUAGAGUCGUAGGAUGGAUAGUUUUGGAUGCACUAAGGAAGAAUCUCAUUUCUGCUGGAAACAGGAAUAUAGACGUGCUAAAUGGCAUUGCUUGGGAUGAGGAGCAAGACCGUCUCUUCGUAACUGGCAAGUGGUGGCCAAAGCUCUACGAGAUCGUUCUGUCCCCGGAACUCUAUUAGACACGCACAAAGUAGCACAAGCAACUGCUAUGGACGGUGGUAUUAUCAAUGUACAAUUCUUUCCAAUUUUAUUUUUUUUCCUCUCGUUUGCUCUGCUUCACAGGAGGUCCCAAGAUUGCAUUUUUGUCGAUCCAUCCAAGUCAGAAUGACGCUUCUCUCCACGACGACGCCGGGAGCACCGAACGGACAGUCUUGAGGUCCCGAAGCCAUUUGACGCGCUCGUAGCUAUCCCCGGGCGCGUCGGCGUCGCGCAGCAUGGAUCGCACCAGCGACGCCGUGACGCGCCAGGAGCAGAAGAGGAAGAUCCAGCCCAGUACCACCAGCCCCCACGCGAAGAAAUCCUCCGCCGCCACCAAUCCAUCGCCGUCCUCGUCGCCCAUCAUCUCCAAGACGACGCUCUCCAUCUCCGCCAUUUGGGAUUUCUUCUCUCCCUUCCUCGUCCCAUGCCAACACGUUGCCUGGACAAAAUUUAGGGCACACGCGGCACACAGCAUAUUCUGGGACGGGAGGGAUAUUCUAGAAUAUGCUUCUGUGCCGAGGCAUAUUCGGGGAGGCCUUUUAAAAAGCAGUUUCUAGAAUA